AUGGAUACAUUAGAAUCAGAAUAUUCUUUUCUGGCACCAACAUGGAGAUUACCACCCAUAGCAACACCAUCAAUGUAUUCUCAAAUUUAUGGCACUUCAUAUUUAUCUAACGAUCCUGAUUUAGGUCUUGAUUGGAUUUUAUGGAAAAAUACAUUGUAUAAUUCACGAUAUGCUCCUAUACAUGUUCCUUCAGCAGUACCUCGUUCGGAUUAUUCUACACUAUCACAUUAUCCUGUAAUAACACCUGCUACUAUUGUUUCUCAACAACAAAAUUCUCAAAUACCAAUCGAACAACGUACUGCACAAUCUCGUUCUUUUAAUUAUCAGCCACCAAAUAAUCUUUAUCAGGAUAAUACUAAACCUCACAAUAGUGUUAAUUCAACAAAUAAUCAAUAUCAAAAUAAUAUUAAACCUCACAGUAGUGAUAAUAUAACAAAUAAUGAAUAUCAAUCUCGUACUUAUGAUUCUCAUAAUCAUCAACCAAUUAAUAAAAUUGUUAAUCAUGAAAUAACAUAUCCAACAAAUAUUCAAAAUAAUUUACCUCGUCCAUCAACUCAAAAACGACGUGUACAAGUAGUUGAUUACAGUCGUCAGACACCGUCAACAUCCAUCAAUGAAUAUAUGACUGGUAGAAAUAGUUCAAUUCCAAAUCGUGUACCCGAAACAAAUAAGACUCAAUCAAAAUCGAAAUCCUUUGUAUCGAAUACACCUCGUGAUCAUAAUGAAGAAAAUAGAUUCGGUUAUACGGGAAAUUAUGUCAAUGUUCAUGAAUAUCUCUAUGGUCUAUCUGCACCUGAUCCUGGUAGUUAUGUCGAUGCAUAUAGACAACAUCAACGUCGUUUACACGAUGAAAAAGUCAAUAGAAAAUCUGUCUUAAGUGACUAUAAAAAUUUUGCACAAAAUGGUGGUUUUGGUCCUGCAUUUGGAAAUACAGAUCAUCGAGCAUAUAAAGAAAAAAUUAAUAAUGAAAAUAGAAGAAAAUCUUAUGCAAAAUCUCUACGUGAAAUAAAUCAAAUAAAAAAUGAAGAACAAAAACGUUUACAAAGCAAUUAUGGACAACAUAGUAAUCGUACACCGUCUGUACCAAAAAAUCAACGGUCUUCGACUGAAUUAUUAUCACAACUUCCAGUUAUUCCACCAAUAUCAAUAAUACCUUUACCAACAAAUAUACGUCGAUCAAGUUUAGAUACUAUAAGUACAGCUAAUUUGUUAUCAAGAGAAUUUGAUAUAAAUCAAACAAGACAUACACCAUCUUUAUCUCCUACACCAAGAAAAAAACGACAAGUGCGGUUUCAUAGUUUUGAUUUAGUUCGACGUCGUUCAAGUACAUUUAUUAAUUCACCUUCAUAUAAUCUGAAUCAAACUGAUACGUCAACAAAUUAUUUUCAUACACGAAAAUCAGCUUCGAAAAUUCUCGAUGAAGAAGAAUAUAAACGAAAAAAAAAUUAUGAAUCUUUUCAAAAAUCUUCUAAUCUUUCAAGACAAUCAAAAUUAAAUAAAAAUAAGAUAACAACAGCAACUAAUGUUAUUAAUCAAACAUGUAAAUCUUCACAUAUGGGAACAACAACAACAACUAAUAAUAAUUCAAAAAAAAUUAUUUUAAAUAAGAAUAUUAUAUCUCAACCUUCAAUUCCUAUUCCAGAUCGAAAAUUACCAAUAAAUUCAAGAUUACAUAUGGCUUUCAAAAAUAAAUCGGAUCAUAAGACUGAUGACAAUGAUUCAUUUCAUAAAUAA